GACGUUUAUAUAUCGGAAAGAGAGCCGCAACAAUCAUCAGCUUUUGCUCGCCUUCGGGGUCUCCGUGCCGUUGAAUGUGCCUUUCUAUUUUAUUUAUUCUUAUUUAGUCCGUCUUUCGGUAAAUUAAACUUAAACACGCUAAAAUGUUACUUAAAUUAUUAGUGAUUUGUGGGGGUCUAGCUGUUAUCCAUUGCCAAAAGGAACACCGGGACUGGGAUAUCGCAGUAGUAAUAAGUGAUCAAAUCGAGCUACUCCAAUCCAAUGGCACUCUGAUAGGCGCCACCGUGGAACAGUUUACGAAACUGAAAGCGUUAACUUUUGAUAACGUAAGACACCAGUUUGUUGUCAGCAAUAAUAAUCAAAGCAACGACACCAUUUUUACCGUCGAGCUUACCAAAGAGACUGAAAUCACUCCCAUAAUCCCGAAUCUUCCCGAUGUACUGGGUUUAGCAGUUGACCCAAUCGAAGAUGUUCUAUACUGGACUGACUCAACCAAUAAGGCAAUCAAUUAUGCCAAAUUGAACUCGAGUGUGUUAGAACCAAAACUGCUUUUCGAUUUUAGUGAUGCCACUCCUCAGGAUAUCGCCAUUGAUGUAUGCCGGAGACAAAUCUACUGGACCAACUCAGACCCCAACUAUCCGACCAUAGAAAGGGCCUUCCUAAACGGUUCCAAUCGCGAAGUUCUCAUCGAAUCAGGAUUGAAUCUCCCUAUAGGAAUUGCUAUCGAUUAUAAGGCGCAACGACUUAUCUGGGCCGAUAGGGGUGAAGGCAUUUACUACAGAAUAGACAGCUCCGAUCUAGAUGGCAACAAUAGGCAACUUAUUUACAACGGAACCGACAUUAAACCCUUUGGGAUAGCGGUUGAUGAUUUGUCAGUAUACUGGACCGAUAUCGUUAAUAAUGCCUUAUGGAGGUUUUACAAAUCUGAUAAGGAGGGUGUGGAGGCUAAGCCGGAAACGAUUCGCAUGUUUAAGGGACAGCCGAUGGGAGUUAUUGCCAAAAACGCUCAAAUCAGAAACUAUCCGGACUGUAAGGAGCUGGAAGUAGCUAUUGAGAACUAUCGUGGUGAAUCUAAGGAAAUUUUCGAUACUACUGAUCCGGAAGAAGUUAAGGAUAUCGAGUGUUUAAAUGGGGGGCAGUUAAAUGGUAAAUACUGCAAAUGUACCCCAGGUUACAGUGGCCGUUACUGCGAACAAAACAAAUGUCACAACUUCUGUGUACACGGCGCGUGCUAUUUUUCCGGAAGCGGAUAUCCCCAGUGCAGCUGCCCCAGAGGUUUCGGGGGAGAAAGAUGCCAACUAGACAUGUGUUCGACCUACUGCUUAAAUAACGGCCUUUGCAGCUACUAUAAGGGAGAUCUGUUGCCUUCUUGUCAAUGCACCCAGCAUUUUACCGGCAGUAGGUGCGAAAUCAGCACGGAUUUCCAUAGUUUGUGCGGAUUGUACUGUCGCGAAAGCACUAACGUGAAUGAUUACUUGGUGUCCAAAGAUAGGGAGCUAGUGUGUAGGUGCGAAAAUGAAAAUGGAAAAUUCGUCAUCUCGCAAAACAACGUGACCGUGCCGGCAUUAUAUUCGGAAAGUUCGCCGUUACGUGGCCAGAGUUUCUUCGAAAAAUUCACAACUGACAGCGAGUAUACGACCUUGGUGCUGGUGUGCUGUCUCUGCGUGGUCUUAAACGUCAUUUUAUUCGUUUACCUUUUCGCUAGUCGCCCAAACAAACGGCCGAUAAUUAAGAGAAGAGUUAUUGUUAAUAAGAACGUUACCCCUUUGACCUAUCGUCCCCAGCCUACUACUGAACAGUGCGAAAUUACGAUGAUCGAGAAUUGUUGUAAUAUGAACGUGUGCGAAACGCCUUGUUUCGAGCCAUCCGCCUUCAGGAAGAACAAGGAAGACAAAAAAGUGCUUCUCUCCGACAUGGAAAACGGUGAAGACACUUAUUAAGAUUUUUAUCCAGUUGUAGUAGGCUGUGAACACAAAGUAUUAGACUGUUCAUAUUAACAUGACCAAUCGAAUCCCGAUUAGGUAUAGCUAAUACCUAAAAAACACAACUUUAGGUUGAAGUGACGUAAAAUUUUAAAAAUUUGAUCAUUUGGAAGAGCAAAUUUUUAAAAUACCCUUUAGGUCACUUCAGAAAUAAAUAUUUAGUGAACAGUCGAUUUGUUAAGUUUGAUAAUAUUUAUAAAUGAACUAACAAAACGAUUAAGCUGCAAAAUGGAGGGUUACUAUUUUUUUUGGUAGCUUUUUUACAAACAAAAAACCGACAAAGUUUAAGUUCCUAAUCAUCUUAUGUAAUUUAAAUGCCAUCUUUAUGUCUCGUUAUUACUUGUUUUAAGAGAUUUUUGCCAUGGACAAAUAGCACAGACAUUAACAAAUUGCUUUAAGCUCGAUUUUUAAUUCCCUUUUUAUCUCGAUGAUUUGGAAAAAUAAUUUUUAUAUACUAGUAAGGAAAUAUAAAUUAUAUUAAUUGAACUUUAAAAUAUUACCGGUUCUAGAUGGAAUGAAUAUAGAAUUUGGAUGGAAAAGUGAAAGUUAUAGCAUAAUUCAAUGCAAUUAUUUACAACUUAAUUUAAAAAAAAACGUCAGCAUAAACAAUAUAAUUAAAACUAUUAUUGAUUUAUGCAGAAUUUUUGUUAAGGCCUUUGGACAACCACUAUAUAAACCAACAAUCUCAUCUAUAACACCUAAAAAUCAUAAUUCAGUAGUAGUAAAAUUUCGUACCAAUGUACCAUGACAAAAUAUGAUAAAAAAGUUAUAAUAACUUUAUAUUAAAGUUUUUGAGACAGCUCUAGACAACUAUCAAAGACAAACUCUCGUUUAUGGCUCGAUGGUCACCUAAAAAUCAACUUCAUACUAACAAAUACACAUAAUUCAGUGCUAUUCCAUACUAUCAAUUCCAUGGCAAAAAUACAAUAAAUUCAUCUAGAGCUAAAAUGUCAACAUAAAUAUAAUGCUAAAAGCUAUUGCCCUAUGUUACUUUAACGCCUCCCGACAACUACUAAAGACCAAAUUAUUUAAUUUGUAUUUAAAGCUUUUUUUUUGAGGUUAUCUAGGUUAAGAUGUAGUCUCAAAAAUGAUUUUACCUCAUAAUAUUUUUAAAA